GCGGCUUGCCACCCACACUGCCACCGUCCCUUGGUUCCUGCUCCCAGCCUUCAGCAGAGGGGGGAGUGGGGGAGCUUGCAAAUAAGUGCAGCUUAUUUUCUUUGAGUCUUGAAGUUCAGUCCAGAGGCGAAACGGCGACUACAGCCGAAUUCCUCCCUUUCAUUUGCCUCCCCAUGGAUAUGCAUUGCAAGGCAGACCCCUUCUCGGCUAUGCACCCAGGGCAUGGGGGUGUGAACCAGCUCGGGGGGGUAUUUGUCAAUGGCAGACCUCUACCUGAUGUGGUGAGGCAGAGGAUAGUGGAGCUGGCCCAUCAGGGCGUGAGACCCUGUGAUAUUUCCAGGCAGUUGAGGGUCAGCCAUGGUUGCGUAAGCAAGAUCCUGGGCAGGUACUAUGAGACAGGCAGCAUCAAGCCGGGAGUAAUUGGUGGAUCGAAGCCUAAAGUAGCCACGCCGAAAGUGGUAGAUAAAAUCGCAGAGUACAAGCGACAAAACCCCACCAUGUUUGCGUGGGAGAUCCGGGACAGACUGCUUGCAGAGGGGAUCUGUGACAAUGACACCGUGCCGAGCGUGUCCUCUAUAAACAGAAUUAUCAGAACUAAGGUGCAACAGCCAUUUCACCCAACACCAGAUGGAUCCGGAACGCCAAUUAGCGCACAGGGACACACUAUCGUUCCCAGUACAGCAUCUCCUCCUGUAUCCAGCGCCUCCAAUGAUCCCGUAGGCUCUUAUUCCAUAAAUGGGAUCCUGGGUAUACCUCGUUCAAAUGGUGAAAAAAGGAAACGCGAUGAAGACGUGACUGAUGGUUCGGUUCCAAAUGGAGACUCUCAGAGCAGCGUGGAGAGCUUACGGAAACAUCUACGCGCAGACAACUUCACCCAGCAACAGUUGGAAGCGUUAGAUCGAGUGUUUGAGCGGCCAUCGUAUCCUGAUGUUUUUCAGACUUCAGAACACAUCAAAUCUGAACAGGCAAAUGAAUACUCCCUUCCAGCACUAACCCCUGGCCUGGAUGAAGUCAAAUCUAGUUUAUCAGCCUCCGGUAAUGCAGACCUUGGAAAUAAUGUGUCAGGACCUCAGAGCUACCCAGUGGUAACCGGUCGAGACAUGUCAAGUACAACCCUGCCCGGUUACCCUCCCCAUGUUCCUCCAACGGGACAAGGAAGCUACCCCACCUCAACCCUGGCUGGAAUGGUGCCUGGCACCAACGUUUCGGUCCACCAUUCGGUCCAGCCUGUGGAGUGCUGCUCAUGUCUGUCCAGCUCUAAACCAUGUCUGUUUCACUGCAGGACUGGGAGUGGAAGUGAAUUUUCAGGAAAUCCCUACAGUCACCCUCAGUACACAACAUACAAUGAAGCAUGGAGGUUUAGCAAUCCAGCAUUACUAAUGCCACAUCCAGGGGCUCCGCACCUCCCACUGCUGCCACUGCAUAUGACCGCCACUAGUUACCAUGGAAACCACAUGAAACUACAUGGCGAGAACUUAGGCCUCCAUAUUGUACCUGUGUGAACGUCGUCAUCCUGGGAAGAAGAGCGUCUCAUCUCGUGCCUCCAGAAAUCACUCCACUACAGCUACUGAUUCAACUCAGCUGCAAUGGGUUGAAAUUCUCUCUUCUUGUUGUUACUUUAUACAUACAGUAGCUAACUGAGCACCCAGCAAACACAACCUGACACCGGAGCCCUUUUGCUGCAAAAGAGAGGCCCACAGAUUAAUUUAUACUAUGGAUUUUGGGACCUUAUGGCAGUAAAGUGUUUAAAAUGUCAGUGCUAUUAUGUUAAAAACAGCAAUGCAAAGCAUCAAGACAUUGUUCUUAGACUCCAGAAACAAAUAUGUAUUACAAUUAUAGGUGGAAACAAUUUGUACACGAGAAAAAGAAAACAAGGAGAAGGCUUAAACAUUUCCGCCAUAAAAUGCGUUCCAUCAGUGAGACCUACUAAGAAAAAUUAGUGGACAGAGUAGUCACGAAACAGUAAGCAACUGGAGGACUGAAGAAAUGUAAAAGUUUUAAUAGAGUUGUUUCACCGUCCCCUCCUGCCUUGGAUCGGACGCCCGUCUCUCACCCUCCGCUCCUUUUGCUGGCAUGUCACAGACUCCAUGUGGACACCAUCCCUGUGAAAAACAAUCAGCUCAGAGGAGAAGACAGGAGGACAGUUUCAAAGUCAAAUGAUAAACAGAAAAAGAAUAAAAAAUAAAAUAUAUGAAUAUAUAAAUAUAUAUAUAAAAUACACUGUUUUUAUGCUUUAUCAUGAAGGUCUGUAAAAAAAAACAAUAGACAGUUUUUCUAUGAAAAAAACAAAAACAAAAAAUGCUGAAAAUGAAGAGAAUGUCGUAGGAUCAUGUAAAGAAGGCAGUUCUUGAAUUGUUGUUCCUCCUAGGUUUUUUUUUUUGUUGCACUAGUGUGUCACGGUCUGAUAUCAGGAACAAUCUCUGAAUCAAAAUCAUUGUAAAAACAACAAUAACAAUACAGGAUAUGGCUUUGUAAAUUCAAUAUUUUUGUUCUGAUUGAAAAAUGGCACUUACGUCAGGUUUACAGACAGUAUGCAUUUCCAGUUAUUUAAAUGGAAAAAAAGGACACAUUGAGUUUGACCCAACCUCUAGCAGGGCAGGCAUGUCUGAAUUUCACCUAUAUGCCACUCUACGCUGCUUUUGUUUUACUACCCUCUCCUUACCCCAAUUGCAGCUGAGAUCCCUUACCCUAAUCCCCAUAAUGACCCAUAUGUCCUGUGUAUAAAAGAAAUAAACAUAUUCUACUAGCAAUUAAACUGAUCAUUACAUUUGUUUAUGCUGAUUGGCAUACACACAUAAAUAUUGUUAUAAGGUGAUUAAACAUGUGUAGGUAGUGGUACCCUGCUGCACCUAAAUUUCUGCCACCCGGGGCCUAGUGACAUGGUUUUACAACAAAUCCACAAGGCCCUGCUCACAGCGCCUGGAAUAUUGAGAUGACAAAACGCAUCACGUCUUAGUAGUAGGUAGUAUCAUCAAACUCCUUUAAGAUAAAGCUUAUAUUUCCCGAUCCAGCUGAAGUGUAUUUUUGCAUGAUCAUAUUGAUGUUGGAAAUUGUGUGUUCAAGACAGAGAUUAUGGAGUCUAUUUACUACAUCUGUGGGUGGAGAUAAAGUACCAGCCAAUCAGCUCCUAAAUGUCAUGUUACAGACUGUUUGACAUAUGACAGUUAGGAGAUGGGUGGCUGGUACUUUAUCUCCAUACACUUUAUAUCCAUCCAAGGCUUAGUAAAUAGACCCCUAUUAAUGGGAACUCCAAGUGUAACCAAAAACAGGGUAAUACCCUCCAAAUGAUGGAGAUCCGAUUUGAUUAUGCAAUUUGCUGUGCAUAAAAUUUCCCUUUAUCUGCACUAUAUUAACACCCAAACAGUAGGGAGAAUAACGGCUAGCAAGCAAUGCGCUUUGGUGCCGCGCUUUAGUGCAGCUGCUGACAACUUGUGGACCAUGUGAAAUAUUAAAAUACCGAUUAACAGAAUAGUUGAAAACAGAUUUGAAAUGCAGUAUAAACACAUAAAGCACCUAACACACAACACCUUGAUGGCUUUCAUCUAAAGGUUGUUUAUAUUCCCUUUAAUCAAAGAAGAUAUUAGGGCUUCCACUUCAAAAACAUUUAGGGGGGAAUUCAAAUGUUUGAAAAGUCGGUUGGGUGUCUAUUUUUUCCUGUCUAUUACAUAGGAAAAAACAGACGCCCAACUGACUUUUCAAACAAUUGAAUAUCCCCCAUAGUGUUCUGCCACAUUAAAUAUAUACCUGAUUCAUUUAAAUCAUUAUAUUUUAUAUUACACUAGAUUGACUCUUCUCAAAACUUGUGCUUAUGCCAAUAAUUCUGCAUGCAAUGUGGAAGGAUCUACUGCCAUCUGUACAGUACGUUACAGUUGAAAUGCAGUCUGCGUCGACACUGACGCAAUCUUCAGGCAUACAGGGAGGAGCUGAUCUUCAUGCAGGCCCAAAAAUAUGUACAUGUGGAUGUAGCCUCAAAUCUGCUCAUUGUUUAGUCUCCCCUACAUCCUUUGGGCUUUUGAUAUUAUCAUUAAAGUGGAACUUAAUUUAUUAAAAGAAAUGAAGUUUGCUGACUUUAAAUAAACUAUCUGUGAGGUAUUUAUCUAUACAUGAGAAAUUGAUAAAUGGGUGUUAUAAAUUACUUUAUUCUGCUUUGAAAAUUUAUCUUCACCUGAGUUGGUGGUGCACUGUUGUUUCAUAAAGUGGUUGGUGAUGUUCAUUACACCCUUACAGCAAAGGAAAUAGAAUUUGCCUGCUCUAAAUGGUUGUAGGUUUUUACUAAGAGGACAGUCUAUUAAUUGAUUAAGAUUAUACAUAUACUUCCACUUUAACUUUCAUUUCCUGACCUGUGCUAUAGACUGUGGUGACCUUACAGCUCUAGCUACAUGUUUUGUGUACAAGCCCUCACACAUCACUAGUGCAUAUUUUCCAGAUAUCCUCAUAGGAGAUAAGUUGAAUUUGUCAUGUUGGUUACAAAUCUGUACACCUAUGAGAAGAUCCAUGUGAAGAAUGGGUUACAUACCUUUGAGUGACAUUUUUAAAGCCCUCCACAUAUAACCCUCUUUUAGGGUUGUUCCUGCACAUGUGCAUUCUCUAUUCCAAUGUUCCAUUGAGGUAUAUUCAGUAGUGUCAAAAUGGAUAUAUAAAGCCACUCAGAGUAUAGAACAUUGCUCCCUAUGGAGGUAGGCUUAUCUUUAUAUAAAAGCUUUGUGUGCCAAGUGCUUUAGCUUUCACACUGAAAGCUUGUGUGUAUAGACUAUGUUAUUUCAAUAGAAAACAAUAAUUCCUAUUGUAAUGACAUGCUACUGAGUGCAUCUCAUAUCAACAGGACACAAGCACAGAGAAGGUGCUCAUAUGCAAGAGCAAUAACUUUUCAGACAGUGUCAAAACUUACACCCCAACUCCCCUAGUCAUUUGGGUUGAUGCCUAAGAAAGUGGGGAUUGAGCAUCAUAUCAAUACUACAGUGUUAGAGAAGUAGAAAAUGGGUGUUUCCUUUUCUUUACUCAUUUUAUGGUCCUAUAAUAAUAUCAUAUCUCAUCCAUGUCUUUACAAAUAGAAAGUCGAAUGCAAGCACAUUGUCCAUUUACACCCUUCAUGGGAAUUACAUUGCAGUAAAGCAAAACAACUCAACAACCACAAAGAGCAGAAGAUGUUAGCUAACAAUAGGAAUUAUCAGGAGGAAAAUAAAGACUCGGAAACUAACUUAAUAUGCUGAAAAAGUUAAAACAAAACAAAUAUUAGAAUUUCACUGAGUUUGACGAAUAUGUAUUUUUUGCAACUCUGCUGAUUUCUCCCCAAAAAAUUUUAAACCCCAAAGCCAGAUUCCUGUUCCCCUCCCUGUGUUUAUUUAUGUGAUGCCUAUGCAGUAUUAUGCCUGGUUUGUGUUAUGCCGACACUGAAUCUAUGCGAUACUAUUGUAUGGCAGAAUCCAGUUUCACAUGAGUGCACUCCACUAGAUCUAUAGAAACACUUGACAAUGGCAAUUAGUUACAUUUAUUUGACAUCAAAACAAAAUGGUUGCUGCUUUGUAGAAAGAUGACGUGUGUAAAGUGAAGGAUAUUUUGUCUUGUAUAUAAGUUCAUCUGCAUUUCAUUACACAUGCUAUUAAAUGAAGCUUUCAUCAUGUAGAUAACAACACAAUGUCUGUAUGUUGCAAGUCUUCUUGUGCUUAUUGGAGAAAAUAAAAAAGGAAAAAUGUUUCAAAUAAAGCACAGCAUGAACGUUAGCGGCUCGCCGAAGUUUGCGGGUUUUACAAAUAGCCUUAUAGGUUGAUUUUUUUAUUUGCCUCAUUUUGACACAAAAGAAUCGUUUAAAGGUAUUCUAUGCAAACACAAUGUUCUGCAUGUUUCUCUAGCCCUUCUUAUCAUUUUUACACUGCAUAUUCCUAGCUCCCUUGCUUCCAGCACAGAUCAGAAUUGCUAUCUUUUUUUUACAUUCAAUAAAAAAAAAAACUACAACUAAAAGUCAUCAGUGAUUCACAAUGCCAACCCUGAACCUAAAGUUUGGUUUGAAAUUCAUUAAAAUUGGUUAUUUGUUUCUACCAUUUAGUGUUAGCUCUCUACUGUUGUUUGGAGUACGUGCUAUAGAGAAUGAGGCCCAAAAUAACGUGUUGUUAUAAACCCCUUUUUGUACAUUCCGUUAUUGUGCUAGUGACAAUAUGCACACAACUUGUUUCAUGGUGGAAAAGUCUGCAUGCUUUAUCAUGAUUGUUUUUCCAAUGGUCAAAAAUAAAAGUAAAAAGACUUCAGACAAAAAUUAAAAAAUAUAUGAAUUCUUAGAAAAGGAAAGUUUCUAUUCAUAAAAUUUUCCUUUGAGACAAUCAGAUUCCCUGUUUGACCAAUGCAACAAUGGACUAGAAGAACGUUGGGAGAGGAAGUUAGCACAAGAGUGGAAUUGGGAGGUGGCAAUGCUUUCCUGUCUAAUUAAAUAUACUUACUAUUUAUUGAUUCUGCAGUUUGUUUGAAGUUGGCGAAAAUGUAUAUAAAGAGACAAUUGUAAAAGAAAACAAUGUAAUGAUGCAACUGCAGCGUACAGCGUACAGGCCAUUCUGCCUUCUUUGACUCGGGUACAAGAGACACGUCUGUGCAACAACAUUUGAUCAGACGUGUUUGACUGAAGCCACAGUGGCUUUGAUCAUCGCUUCAGUUGUUCAACUCUUUUUUCGUGCACAUGACAAAUAAAUUCUUUUGUAUGUCA